GAAGCUACCUGAGCUCAAUCUAAGCGGGUCCAUUCCGGACUCCAUCAGCAGCCUCCGCGAGCUCUCUAUCCUAGAUCUUAAUAAAAAUCAGCUGACAGGCUCAAUCCCCAGUACUAUCGGCAUCCUUACAAACCUGCAGCAAUUAAAUCUUGAAUACAAUCAGCUCACUGGCUCAAUCCCCACUGCAAUCAGCAAUCUUACAAACCUAGAAAACCUAGUACUCUUUGCCAAUCAGCUCAAUGGCACAAUCCCCACUGCAGUCGGCAACCUUCGAAUGCUGGGAUAUCUAGGCCUUUCGAGCAAUAAGCUCUCUGGUGCAAUUCCCACUACAAUAGGCAACCUUUUGAACCUGAAUUACCUAUAUCUUCAGUACAAUCAGCUCACUGGCUCAAUCCCCACUGCAAUCGGCUCCCUUACAAACCUGAUACACCUAAAUCUUAAUAUAAAUCAGCUCACUGGCUCAAUCCCCACUGCAAUCGGCAACCUUGCAAACCUAGGCGUCAUAGACCUUGGUAGCAAUAAACUCACUGGCACAAUUCCUGCUUCAUUGGGGAACUUUGCAGACCUGACUUAUUU